CAGACGCGGCGAAUCGCUUUCUGUACAAGAACACAGGAACCCGUCUCCCAUGAAUACCCAGGACACGCCGAUAUCGACUUCAAAGCCGCCACCUUGCGCUCCUUCUGGUACACAGACAUGUGCCGCGGAAAAAGAUACCGAGCCAAGUAUUGUGGCUGUGGAAGAGGACGCAGAGUCUCUUCUGUUGGGGUGGGAUGCAGUAGAAGGGGCGGUGUUCUACGAGCUUCAGAUGCUGAAGCAGGCAGUCAAGUCUAUAGGAGGCGAAGAGGAUAGUCAGGCCGAAGACUGGAAUGCUGCCAGGGCCAUGGAAGAGCCUGGACUUACGGAUCAUGGUGACGCUGUGGGAGAAUGGUGCACGCUUUCCGCAUCCCUGAAGAGCAACAUGGUCCGAAAGAGAAACCUCUCUCACUCCACCCCUUACCGCUUCCGCGUCCGCGUCCGCGACAAAGUGGAUUGGCUGCCGUUCCAGACUUCCUCCCUCCUCCACACUCUCUCCACGUUUGUGCAACGAAUGGCGGCCCCGCGGGGAGAGGUGGGCGGGGCAGCAGGGUGUGUCACCCUGUCCUGGGAGCCUGUGGAGGAGGCAGCGGCCUACGCCGUCCACAUGCGCGAGCAGGGGGCAGUCAGAUGGAAGGAGGUGGGGAGGGUAGGCGGCACGAGCGUGAAGAAGAAGAAUCUGGAGGCAGGAAAAGCCUACCACUUCCGAGUCAGGCCGGUGGGGGAGAGAGUGGAAGACGUCUGGGUGUGGAGCCCGUGGAGUGAGGCCAUGAGUCCUCCCUCGCUUCCACCCGUCCUUCGGCGCAUGUUUGGUUCGCGCCUGGCGGUAGAAGUGGGGAAAGAGGGAAAAAAGGAGAUUGGGGUGGAGUCACUGGCGGGUAGUGUUGUGGGUGUGUACGCCUCGGCCCAUUGGUGUGCUCCUUGCCGUCAGUUUACUCCGCAAUUGGCCAAUUUUUACCGCGGCCUGCAAGGCGCUGGGAAAGCUUUUGAGAUUGUUUUUGUUUCGCUAGACCAGGAAAAAGAAGCUUUCGAAUUAUACUUCGAAAGCAUGCCUUGGCUGGCAAUUCCGUGGGAGGGAGGGGAGGGAGAGAGGGAGGCAUUGAUGCGUAUGUAUCAGAUAACAUCCGUUCCGCGAUUGUUGAUAUUUGGGAGGGAUGGAGAAUUGCUGGAGAACAAUGCGGUAGGGUCACAAUUUUUGAGAGAAGAGGCAUUUCAUUCUUGGUGGGAGGGGAGACCGUUCAGAGCAGGGGGAGGUGGAUGUUGUGGAGGUGGAGGAUGCAAGUAG